GACAAUGUUGAUUUGUUUAAUUUCACCUCAUAUGAUGAGUCAGAUUUUGACAUACGUAUUUCACUAAAAAAACAAAAAAUAACUUGUGCUACUAAAUCAUUAAAAGAAUAUCCAAAACCACCUUCAAAUCAAUUAUCAACACUUUUGUUUGAAACUCUGAAGCAACUUUCUCCGGUAAAAUCAAAAAUUCCAAAUCCUGGGUUGGCAAGAUUAUCUAUUUGGUGAUACAACAUACCAUUUAAAUAAAAAACGACAAAUUAAUUUAAGAAAACCAUCAAGACUUCCACAAGAAGAUGAUUUACUUAUUGUUAAAAAUCACGUAAUAGAGCUAAUGAGUUCAAUCUGCAGUAAAUUUCAUUUUGAUGAUGAAAGCAGUUAUAAAAAACUUAGAAAUGCUGCAUGUGCACGCAUAACUUUGUUAAAUGGCAGAAGAGUUGGUAAACCUGCUCGAAUUUUGUUAGCAGAUUGGUUGCAAGGAAAAAAUGAUGAAUGGAUUGAUAAACAAAGACUAAAAUAACUUGACAGUUUAGACCGCAUUUUAGUGAAGCGUAUGAAAGUUAUUUACAAGACUGGAAAAGGUAAUAACCAUCUAGUACCAGUAAUUAUUCCAGGAGACACGAUUCUUGCAAUGAAAAAACUUUCUAACGAAUGUUUCCGUAAAGUUGGUCGCGUUCUUGCAAGUAAUAAGUUUAUAUUUGCAAGCUCAAAAGGAUCUGAAUAUCAUGUUUUAGGGUGGCAUGUUGUAAACAAAAUUUGUUCGAAGUUAGUAUUAAAAUCACCAAAGGACAUAAUUGCCACCAAAAAUCGGCAUAGGAUUAGCACACUUUUUGCAUCUCUUGAUGUAGAAGAAAAAGAUAAAGAGUUGUUUUACUCCCAUAUGGGACAUUCUGAAAAAAUGAAUCAAGAUUUUUAUCAGGCUCCAUUGGCAUUAUUGGAAUUAACACGUGUUCGGAAGCAACUAAUGAAAAUUGAUGCUGGACAAUCUGAUGUGAUACAGGAUCUGCCUACAAAAGAAUCUUAUAAUGUUGUUGAUAAAGAACCUGGUAAGAAUGUUGUUGAUAAAGAACCUGAUGAGAAUGUUGUUGAUAAAGAAUCUGAUGAGAAUAUUGUUAAGGAAAAUGACUCUCACACUUUAACUUUAAAAGAUCUAUAUCUAGGUAGUGGUGUUUUUGGCAUUAAAAAGAAAGUUUGUGAUCUUCUUCUUAAGAAAAUUAUGAUUGAUAAUCCAAUUUUAAAAAAUAAAUGUUCAUCAUCUAUAUCAGAUGAACAAGAAGAAAUAUCAGUAAAGGCAAUUGAGUCAAAUAUUGAUGCUAAUUUCACUAAAGUUUUUAACGGUUUAAACCUAAAAGUUUAUCCAAAAAGGUCACUCAAAAAAGUUAAUUAUGCAAAUGUAGAAAAUAAUGAAGAAAAGGUUUAAAAAAGUGAAUCUGAUUACACUAAUGAAAGCCAAGAUGAGGACAGUGAAAAUUAGAUGAAAAACGAGAUCUGAGUUCCAGUAUUUUUAUUUUACUCAAACUUACAAAAACUUUGUUACAUUUAUUUAAAAUUAGAAAAGUAUUUUUUCUUUAAACAAGUUCAGUUUUACCAAUACAAUAUCUUUUAGAAUCAAAACCAAGAAAGUGGACUGUAAAGCAAUUUUGAAGCUUUGAAUCGUUACUUUGGGGAUUUUAUCUGCGGAAGAAUUUCUGAUUGGCCUACUCGAAAAGAAAUAGAAGGUUUUCGAAUAAAAAAUGCAAUUGAUUUUCCUUACUCGAAAAUCCGCUCCAAAUUAGUCAAUGAUCGCGAGAAAAACAGACGACAGAUAAGUAUAAGGGCCAAACUUUCGGAUAAACGAUGCAAAGACGUGAAUAUGUAGAUUUUUACUCAUGUAAUUAAAGUAUUUAUUUUGGCAA